UUUUUCUGGCGCUUCUCCGGCCGCUGCCGCGGCACGCUCGCUUUACUCGCUCGGCUUGCGCGUUAUCGUCACAACACUAACCUAAACUUACCUAGUGUGAAGUAUUAUCGUUUGAGCCCCGGAAGAACAGUUGAAGAAGAAGCCUACUAUUGUCAUAUGUACCAAAGUACCUUUAAUACUUCUAAAUAUUUGAUAGUUUUCUAAAUAUAAAUGUGUAAGUUGAAGUUGAGUUGUGUUGACAUGUUUGAUGUUUAAUUUAGAAAAAAUCUUUUAUUUGUUUAUUUUGUAACAAAAAUUUGAUUAAAUUUGUUUGUGCCAUUCGGACUUAAAUAACAAUAAACAAGUUCUUAAAUAUUCAGGAUUUUUAAUAAAUAUUUUAUGGACACCCUAAUUAUACGAUCCGGCCAAAUGUGGAUGACCAAAUCGUUAAAUGUUGUAUGCUUUCCAAUUACAGAGCAUAAUGCGACUCAGUGCCGCACAAUGCCCAAUUAUGCUGAUGCUUAAUUGGAACGUGAAUUAGUUUUCAAAUGCACCAGCAGAGUGCGCUAAGUUCAGUGUUCAAAAAAAGUCAAAGUAAGCAUCAGCAUAUUUCGGCAUUGCGCGCCACUGAAUCGCAUUAUGCUGUGUAAUUAGAAAACUACCUGUACGUAUGUAUAUGUUUUCGUGUCAUUUCCAUAUGAUUCCAUAAUCAGAGAUUAAAGUUAACCUGCUGUCAAAAUGACAAAUAGCUAACCUGAACAGCCACGUGAAGUGCCGGCACACGAUUAGUGGCAAUACAGUGCUACCAGCUUAGAAGGUUUCGACUAAAUCUAGUUUUUAUUGUUAUUCUACGGAGUUUUUGAGUGAGGAGAGGAAAAAUUCCUUCUUACUAUGUUAUUAUCGUGAAACUUUAGGCUGACAUUUACUUACACAGCCCGAAUCAGAAUCCGGAUUCAUAAUAUGAAUUCAUAUUUUUUAUUCAGAGCUAACGGAAUUACACUCAAUGUAACUACUUACUAUCCACACACUUAAUAAUUAUGACUGAGAUUAUAAAUGUAUCAUUUAGAUCUUUCAGAAUGACAAGGUGACAAGCGUUAUGAAAAAUCAUGGUAUGAAAAAGCAAACACACCUCUUUGGGGCCGUUCAUUUAUUACGUAAGACGAUUUAGGGGGGAGGGGUGUUGACCAUGUUUGUCUUAUUUUUUAUUACAAGGGGGUGGAGGGAGUCUCGAUAGUUCUUACGUAAGAUCACAAAAAUGCGCAAAGUUAAAAUUAUACUUUUAAAUAGCGCAGGCAUCCGCGCGAGUGCCGAGGUUCACUCGGAUGCGUAUUUAAAGAUAAACGAUUUCCAUUUCCAUGGCAACGGUCCCACGCCACCCGCUACAGUGGUAUAAGCUGUUCAGCUGCAGCAUCUGCAUUGCGCCUGCUUAAACCAGUGCACUGCAUUUGGAAAAGUGCGUUCCGCAAAUUGGUCACCAUGUCGACAGCUUUAGACGAAAGAGUUACAGACGAAGUGGAGGCCUUAGAAGCAAUAUUAAUGGACGAUGUUGUAAUAAAAAGGGUAAAUGAUGUGCCCAAUAUAAUAGAAACUGUGGUGCAUCCAUCUACAGGAGACGACGUAGAUCAGCAAUUCGUCUGCAUCACAUUAGAAGUGAAACUGACACCAGACUAUCCCGACUGUAGUCCAGAGGUGACGCUGAGGAACCCCAGAGGUCUAGACGAUCAGUUACUAACAACUAUUAAUUCACAAAUUAAGCAAAAAUUACUUGAUUGUUUAGGCCAACCUGUUGUGUUUGAACUCAUCGAGCUUAUCCGUGAAAAUUUAACUGAAAGUAAUCUUCCUAGUGGUCAAUGUGUCAUUUGCCUCUAUGGUUUUGUGGACGGUGAUGUGUUUAUCAAAACUCAGUGCUAUCAUCAUUUCCAUAGUCAUUGUCUUGCCAAUCAUUUAAUUGCUGGAAAGAAAUACUAUCAAGAAGAAUUAGAAAAACUUCCAAAUUGGCAACAAAUGCAAGCACCACCAUAUCAACAAACAUGCCCUGUCUGCCGCUGUCCAGUUUCCUGUGAUGUUGAUGUACUGAAGAAUGCUCCUCCUCCAGUGGACUCCGUAACCGCCCCACCAUUUUGUUUGACUGCAGAAUUGAAAGCACUGCAAUUAAAAAUGGCGGCUCUCUUAGCGCAACAGGUUGCCAAAGGAGGAGUGGUAGGAGUGGGAGACACUGGACCGCCUCCUUUAACAAUCACUUCACCGUCUGACCAAGAUAAUGAAGCAACAAAUGGGUCUUCAAGCGUGGCCCAAGAGGGAGCGAAGGCCGAAGCGAUCGGUAACGGUCGGCCGAAUGGCAGCGGCUCCAACGAUAACUCGUCGCCGGGAUCACCGCAUUCGCGCCCUGUCUACCGUGGACCAUACAGGGGCUUCAAUCGGCGCGGCAAGCCGGGGCGGCGCGGGCGGGGCGGCCCCCGGUGACCCGCGCCCGCAGCCGCGCCGCCGCCCGCCGCCUAGCGCCGCCCCUACACAAUCCCCCAAUACACGCCCCUACUCCCUACCCUUCCCGUGCAACUACCACACCUACCUAACAACCAGAGGAGAGGUCGACAAUUGACAACAAAUGACGAUACCGAAAAAACAAAUCACGAUAUUCGAGACCGCGAGUUCAGACCAUACCUACCGUACAACCCGAGGAGAAGUCGACGACUGACAACGAAUGACGAUAUAGAAAAAAUAAGUGACGAUACUCCAGAGUUUAGACGACGUACAGAUCGAGGAUCGAGAACAGAUGCCGAUAUUGAAGAACAUGCGCUUUGGCGAGCUACAGAGCUGACAUCCGACCUAGAGAAAGGUCUACGAUCAAAAAUAAGUGAUGUUAUUGAAAAGCAUGCGCUUCGAGGAAAGCUUCCAAUCUUUAUCCAUCUUCCUUCGCGAGGUCUGCAAAUAAAACAAUGGCGAAUCGAAAAGUACGUGGACUUUCCUGGUAUACCUGCAACUUGCUUCAAAGAGCUCUCGAAAUUCUUUCUUCCGGAUGAAAUAUGCCAUCAAACGCCACGGUGCGCAUAUAGAGUACUUCCAAGCUUUAUCUUUCGUCUUAAGAAAGUUCCUCGAAUGAAACAGUGGCGUAUCAAAGUUUUUCAUCAACACAUUUCCAUUCCGAUAAGUGUACUGAUAGAAAAGCUGUAUCCAGCGCUUCAGAAAAUAUAUUUUAAGCUCUUACUCUUAGCAGGUUUAGCAGAUUCACAGAAAGAGCAAAAUACGAUUCGUCAGUAUGUUGAGAUGAAACUAAGAACAGAUCUUCUAAAACCUGAUGGUUUCCAUACUCAAAGUCGAUUGUUCCGAGCAGUGACUGCAUUCAGUUUGAAAAUACAGCUCUCAGCUCCGUUUCGACGAUAUGCAUACGCCCGAUUCACGAUGAAUUCUCACCCAAGUGAAGGGUUACUUCAAAUACCUAAGCGAGUUCGAUCCUGGACUCGAUACUCUCCGCAACAUGUCAGUUCUCUAAACAGGAUAUUUGCGUUUUCUUCGAGGCUAUUCGGUAAGUUCAUCAAAGGAGUCGUCUACGUGUUAGGGUUUUUCUCGUGUAAGAAUUCGUGUGAGUUCUCAGCUCAAUAUAAUGGUAAGUUUUUUGGGAAUGAGUUUAUCUCGACUAAUAGAUCGUUUAAUAUUCUGGCUAAAAUACAGCUAUGCGUUAAUAACGAAUCUCUGAUUUUGGGCGCUCACGCGCGUUGUGUUCCUUGGCUGUCGCCGAAAAUGAGACUGACGAUUUACCUUACAUUUUUGACCCGAUUUUUACAGCCCUUAGUUUAAGUACCUGUUUUAGUCGUGGACCACAUUUAUCGAGCUUUAUAUGCCUUUGAGUUUUUAUACGAUGUUCGACUGUGGUUAUUGUUUAAUAUUCUUUCACUCUGCGUCGGCAAUGGGUCGUCUUUACUCCAAACUUCGGGGCCAUUGCACAAAAUGGUGAGGUUUUUUGGCAUUUGCAGAGGAAUUUCUUAAAUACUAAAUUAUAUAGAAUGGGUGCUAUUUCGCACAGUUUUUAAAUCUGACUUCAAAGAAAUUUGCAGUUAUUUACCGAUACUUCCAUUUUUAAGAAAUAUCAUUAUUAUAACAUAUUUUUUUCUAUUGAUCAUUUAUAUAUUUGUUUAUGGAUUUCCAUGUCCAUCUUUGAACCUAGUACCUACUUAACUAAUAUUUCCCAAAGUUUCUUCUACUUUGUUUGUAUGUUGUGUGUAAAUCGUCAGUCUUCAUUAUAUGUUUUUAAUUAAGAGAAUAUUUAUAUCAUUAUCCGAGAAAUACUAAAUGUACAGCAAAAUAAUACAAUUGCCAAUGUAAAGGUUAGAUUGGGUUAUUUUGAUAUUGUGAAUUCGGUAUUUUUGGGAUCGUUUAAAUAUGACUAUUCAAUUUGACGUUAUUUGUAAGAAUUGUGUUCAUAAUUUUCCAUCAGCUCAAUAUUGUGUGUAAAUAAUUUAAUUGUGCUAUUUUCAAUAGACACCUGAAAUUAUGUAUUUUUUCCGAGUUAUGCGAUUGUUGUUUGAGCUAUAAUUAUUUUUAAGCUGAGAACAGCACCGCAUUGGUGUGGAUUCUGGCAUAGAUUCCCUAUACUUAAAAUCAAAAUGGACAACAGUGUAUCCCUGUCAUUCCCUAAAUAGAAUGAAUAAAGGAGACUAAAGUUAAAUUUCGUUUUAAAUUUUAGAGAAUCAUGCCGGAGUCGACUGCAUUAUCGCACUAAAACUGCCAAUUUGUUUCUUUAAUGUCGCCAUUUUAUCAGUCGUAAAUUUCAAAUGUAUUGAUUGUAGUAAUGAAUGUAUUGUUACAAAGCUGUCUCAAGUUUUGUCAGCCUUCCCCCUCCGCUAAAUGUCCUGAGUUGCCAACAUGGGGCGGCACAAAGCAUUAUAUUAAUAUUCGUCUAAUAUAUUCUUAGCUUAAGGUACGUUCUGUGACAUACCUAGUCAAAAUGGUAGCGUGUCAUAAUUGUAAUAUUUGGAUGACUUAUUGUUGAAUUCUCUCGCACAGCUCGUACAGUUGGGUUUUAAAAUUUGCUCCCUAUACUGCUGUUCUUAUUGCGCCAUUACAAUGCUUUUAUAUGUAUGGAACAAGCAAGCUGUGUAAAAUUUAUUAAUAAAUAGUUAUAUUAAUAAUUCAUUUGCUACUGUACCAACGAAAAAUAGCACGUCUGGCUUUGCUAUAAUGACAAUCGUUAAUCUAUUUUGCGAUUUCAAUCCAAUUAUUAAGGUUGAAAAUGCUAAUAAAACAUUUUGAGACUUGUUUAUCCAAAGAGCAGCUGUGUGUGUAUUGAACUACUAUUAUGUGAAUUCAAAAUACCUGCAUAUUUGUACAAUGCUUACGAUACCUAUAUAUUACAUUGCACGAUCACAUGCAGUUUCUCGACAUUAACAGUAGAAAGACAAAUUCGUUAAAAUAUAAUUUAGUUUCAAUUAAGUAAUUAUUUUUAAGAGAUGUUGUAGAAGGUUCUGUGUGAUUGCUAAUGCUCCUUGUCUAUGGCAGCCAUUUUUAAACUUCGAAAAUGGUAGCUACAUAAAAAAGAAACUGUACACAAUUUUAAUGGAACAUAGAAAAGUAUUGCGGUUCUGUAUGGAGGAUUAUUAGCUACCUUUGUUUACAUAAAAAACUUAGGGUUUUCUAAUAACAGCAGUAUACUCAAACGUUUCUUAAUAAUCGAGGUCUUUUUUUGUUGACAUGACAAAAUGUAUGUACUUCAUGCCCGCACUUCACUUGGCUAUUCGUGUUUGCUAUUGGCAAACUUAAUAUCAGUCUGUGCUUUUUAAGAAUGAUAAGGACAGACUGAUGUCUAUCUAGUUAACAAAUAGCAAACACGAAUAGGCAAGUGAAGUAAAAUGCCGGAAUCAUUAAAAAGAUUUCGUACAGUUUGAAUAUUUCUUCGAUACUCUAUUAUCAGAACAAUUUGUGUAUGUGUGUUUUGUUAAUGGUUUUUUAAUAUUUUUUUAUACACAGAAAAGUUUGAAAUAUUUUAUUAAUACGUACUUAAUUUUUUAUUUUAAGUUCCUAUUUGAAUUAGGUUCAAAUCUAUUUUAUACGUAAGUAAAACAGUUUUUGCUCAUUCUUUUUCAAAAAUGACGUAUUACGCUAGAAGUAUGUAAUUAAGUAGAACCUUAAUUUGGUUCAACAAUAAGUUAACCAAACCACAUAGUAAUAACUUAUUUUCCAUCACAUUUAUUGUGUAAUAGUUAAUUUAUUUUUCUUGAUAUUUAAAAUUAUGUAAUAAAUCGUUUUAUUAUAAAAUUCAUAGGUAUUAUUAUUUUGUUGACUUAUUUUUUCUAUGAAUUUAAUAUUUCGUGAGUUUACUUCUUUGACGCUUAUUACACUUUUUCGUGUUAUAAAUUUAUAAAAGUGAAUCAAUAUGUAGUUGCAAGUUCUAGUAAAUACACGAUUCAUAAUACUCAUAAAUAUGAAAUUGAUUACGUGUAUUUGAAUCUACUUUCGUCUUGUGAUUUAAAGUGUUGUUGUUUUUAAGGUUUUAUUAAUAUAUGGGUUUUUGUUUACUGGGAAUUUGAAAAUAUCAAGUUUUAGAUACAUUUUAAUAAUAGAAUAUCAUACCGUAUUUCAUAGUAUACUUAAGUAAUUGUGUUUUUUUUUAUUUGAAUACUAAUAUUUUAAUUAACAGUUGUAUAAUUCGUUAGCGUAUAUGUUUUUGUCUAUUAAUCAUUUCUUUACUUCACUUUGUAAACCAGGGCCGGAUUUAAGGCUAGGCAGGCAGAGCUGUGGCCCAAAGGUUCCCCCUAGGGAACCAACAGAACUAAUAAUACUCAAAUUUCGACGGGCCAAAUCGUAAGUGGCCCAGGUUGCCAUAUCUUAAAAUAAGAUUCCUAAUUCUUCUUCGUUGCCCCAGGGCCUCCAUCACAAAGUCUGACCCUGUUUUAUAAACGGGGAUUUAGGGAUGACAGACUCACUCCACAGAUGAUGCUUGUGUGAGACAGAAUAAGUGAGAUAGACUGACAGCAAAACACCAUUCUUAAAAAUUUCCAGUAACCAUUUACCUGUUUUUUAUAAUAUUUUAAUGUUUCGUGUAUGUUUUAUAAUUAGUGUUAUAGAUCUGGGCUCCGGCACUAUCAUAUUAAGUAUAAUAGACUGUCUUAUGUUACCAACAUAUUAUUAUCAAUGAUUUAUGUAGUUCCAUAUACAAUUAAUUAAAGGAAAUAAUUUAAAUUUGUUCAAAACUUAUGUUUAACAAGAUUGUGUCAUUGACAAGAAACCAUUCAAAACUAGGAUAUAGGAAGAUGGAGGGUUUUUAAGUUUGAAUCUUUAAUUAAAUUUUGAGUUUUUCAUUACAAUGACUUGUGUCCCAAGCAGAAACUUUGACAGGUCCGUAUUCGUAUCACCAGGACCGGAUUUAAGGCUCUGGCCCAGGAACCCGCACAAAAGAGGUGCCCCCACCACAGAGAAGAAAGAAUAUACGAAUACUUUCUCGCUUGUUUUUCGUGCUGGUACUGAGGUCGAAGUUUUUGCACCCAUCUCACUCGGAGCCCUUGCUUAUAAUAAAGUGAUAGUGUAAAAACAAUGUCACAUUUUCUUUUAUUACUUGCCAUUACUAUGCUUAAAUACGAAUUUAAUGCACUUUUUAUACAUAUUAUUAUAAGUAGAUAUUCUACAUUCCAUCACCAUUCGAAGAUGUUAGUGAUUACCAACAUUUAUUAUUCUGUUGAAUAAUUAAAAUGAAAUUGUCUAUAUUAUUAUAUGUUAAUGUUAUUUUCAGUUCCGAUUACAGUUGUGUAGGUAUUAUUAAAAAAAUAGUACUUUAUUAUUAAGUGGUUAAUAUUUGUUUUCAACACUCGUGGUUAGAAAUGUUUGGGAAAUUGUAUUGUAUGUAAGUACUUACCUAUACAUCGGCUAUACUUACUGAUGGUCACAGCUGUUCGACUUGGUAUUUAUUCAAAGUCGCAGCUGUAUUUGCUUAAUUAAGAAUAUCGAGUAUGUAAUAGUGAUUUGGGUAGCCACAACCCAUUUCGAGAUUGUACGUACUACUGCUGGAAGGUAAAAAAUAACCUUUGUCAUUAAGGAAACCUUUUUUAUUCAUUUAUUCAAAGAUAAUCUCUUAAUGAGAUAAUGUCGCUUCUCUUCUUUUAACAACGACUAAAUAAAGUAUAAAACAAGUCAAGCUCAAGCUUUUCGUCUGGAUUCUUUUCUUUCAUUCGCGAAAUUGUUCAGUGGAUUUCUUAUAAAUUGACAAUUCAAAGAUCGGUAGUAAAAUUUAUAUAUUAGCAUUUACCAUGUACCUUAUUAGAGGACAACAAAGACAGCACAAUGACUUCAUCAAUUUCAAAAUAACUAUUUAAGUUUAAAACGGAGGUUGUUUUUUACCUUGCAGCAAUAAUUUUGCCAAUAUGACCACUCGCCGUUAAGUGUAAUGAUGGCACGUGCGUCGGAAAUUAUAAUGAUACCUACAUUGUCAGUUUUUGUAAUUUUUAUCCUCGAAUAGGUAUUGAUAAUUGAAUAAACACUUACCAAAGAUUUCUGGUUUUUAUCUCACUCAACCUUAGUGCUUAAUGUUAGACACAUGUUCAAGCUAUCAAAAAUUGUAAAGUUUCUCCAACUGAUUUUGAGCUUUAUCUUGCUUGAUAUAUGAUUCACGAUAGAGAAAAUUUGACAUAUUUUGAUAACUUUUACAUAGAUAAUUUAAGGCAGGGCAGGCGAGGCUGUGGUCCACAAGAGAGG